UGACAGUAGACCGACCAUGGUUUUAGAAAAGGAUUGUUUAAAAGUUAUUUUAGUUGUUACAUUCCAGUUUAAAAAUUAUUUUCCUACAUAUCGCAAUUUAAAGUAAAACUUAAGUUAAACCAGCACUUAGUAAAGAAGAUAAGCUUAAAUAAUUAGAUUGCAAAUUAGAUAUACUUAUUGUAAAUAAUAAAUUAUUUAUAGUUUAUACAUGUCUUAGUUGUCUGUUGAUCAUGAUACAUUGGUGGUGUUACUUCAAUGUUAGUUAGAAAAAGUUAGGCCUAAUAGUAAUAUAAGUUUACCAAUUAUUCAGUAGACUUAAGUAGUGUUUUUACUUUACAAACAUGUUGCUUUUUCAAAUUUUCAUUAUUAUUUUUUAUUGUUCUAAAAUGUCGUUUACUAAUUAGCAUCGGUAUUUAUCAUAACAUUGUGCAAUCAAUCAUAUAAAUUAUAAUUACGUAGUAAAAUGUAUUUUGUGGUUUUGAUAUUAAAUCUUUGUCAUAUAGUUUUUAUUCAUAAUCAAUAAAUCACAAUACAUGUCAAGUUCAAAAAGGGUAGAACACUUUCAUCAAGUUCAUGGUAAUCUUCCUUGCAUAUUAUUUCAGGCUAUAACUUAAAUAGUGUGAUAAAUGUUGCAGCCAGCUGAUUUGCUUCUUUCUUAGAAAGUUUCUGUUUUAUAACUUUGAAUUAUUAUUAAGUGAUUGAGAUUGAACUGCAUAGGAAAACAAUUUUACCAUUUUUUCAGGACUUGUAAGUUAAUGUGACAUGCACUUAUGAUAAUUCUGAGACUGUGCUUCUGGUGACUAUUUAUGUUCUUUUUGAGAAAAUCUGUGCUGCAAGCUAGUGACAACGAGGUAUACCAUCUAAGGUAGCUGUUUCUUCUUUAUCGGGGUACCGUCAUCCACCUGUUGCCAUCAUUCACUCUUUAAUGUGACUGUGACUGGUUUUCAAAGAUGGCUGAAAAUCCAGAAGCUACAGUUGGAGAAGUUGCUAAUGAUGAUGAAUUUGGUGAAUUUGAAGGUUUUGAGGGAACACCACUUGAGCCUGUACAAGCUCAGCCAGCACCCUCUCCUUGGGCUACAUUUCCAGAUCUGCUUCCUGUUCAGAAUAGUUCUGCUACAUCAGUUGAUGAUACCUCAUCUCCUCCAGUUUGUUCUUCAGAACCUUUAGAUGAGCCCUGGUUAGUAGCAGCUACUAGUUCACAACACUAUCCUACUUCAACUAAUGCUGCUGUUUCUAAUGUAUCAAUUCAACAGUCAAGAACUCCAUAUCCUCCAGACAUUUCACUAGCAAACUACCAGGUUCCCAGUAAUGAUUUAGCAGGUGCAUGUGAUAUUGCUCAAUCAUCACGGUUGUCAAAUCCUCCUGACAUAUCCUUGGCAGAUUUCAGUCAAGGUGAAAGUGAUCUAAGCAAUGGUAGAGAAAACUUAGUCCUUUCUUCUCGGUUGUCCAACCCUCCAGAUGUGUCUCUAGGAGCUAUGUCUGGUCCAAUUAUUUCUGAAUCACCUGAUGAAAAAUUAGGUGGUCUUAUACAUAUGCUUCUUAACAACGCACCCCAAUCUUCAGCACCAGAAGCUAGUAAGUUGCACAGAUCAUUCCAACAGGUGCCAUCUGAUGCUAACUCACUUAGAACCCAAGUUCAGAAUCUCCAACAGGAAAGAACACUCCAACAAGAACAAAUUGAAGCACUGCAGCAAAUGAAUUGGCUGCUAGAACAACAACUGUCUGAAAGCAACAAACAAACCCGAGACACAAGGACACAGUUAGAAGAAGCUCGUAUUAUGCAGAGGAGGCUGACUUCAGAUCAUAAUAGUAUGGAAAUAUUAUUGCAAAAAGUGGACCAGAUGCAGGAAUUACUGCUUAAACAGCAAGAAGCAUUUCAUGGUCAGCUACAAGAGGAGUUUCAGAAGCUAGAACAGAGGCUACAGGGUCAGCAGUGUGAAAACAUGAAUAGUUUUUGUGUUUUUGUUGAGAAGUGUACAAAAACAUGUUUUGAAGAAAUAUCUUGUAACAUAAUGUCAUUAAUAAAGGAUGCUGUUGGUAACCAUUUCAUGAAUAAUCAGAACCUUCCUAUUCCUGAGUUGCUGGAAAAGUUUAAAAAAGACUUAUUUACAAAUUCAGUGGAGCAAAGAAAGCUUCUCAAGCAGGAACACAGUCGACAUCUUCUGUUACUUUCAUCAACCCUACAGUCCAUAGCUAUGCAGUUGAAAACAGAGAAUGAGACAGACCAAAGUGAAGGAACAGAAUCAUGACAGGAAUGCUAAACAGAUUCCUACAAGUUUAGUUUAUUUUAUUAUGUUGUUUCUUAUAAAAGUAAAUAUAGUUAGUGUGCCAUAUUUCUCAAAAGGUGAAAUACACAUUUUAGUCAAUUAUGUUUGUUCAUUCUGUUUCUGCUUCUAAUCAACCUUAUAAAUUGUAGAAUAUCUGAUUAGUUUUCAGUUAUAGCUUGUAGUUGAAAGAUGACAGUUGCUUUUUUAUUAAGAUUGCAUUGUUAAAUGUAUGAAACUGCUGGUGUAUUUUGAAGAUUGUGCACUAAUAUUUUCUUUUAAAACUAUAAUUUUAAACUCUAGAAAGUUUAAAAGCUCAAAACUACAUUACAAACAACAGUUCAGUAUGUUUAUAGCAAUUAAAGGUAAUAUAAGUCAACAACAAAACAGGAUUUCAUGGAUUUUUUUUUACAUAUUGAUAUAUUGUACUAUUUAUGUGAACAAAUGUCAGUGAAGAUAUGGUACUGAUAAAUUGUGACUAGGGAAAUGAGAUUGAAAUACUUUUAUAGAAUGUCUUUAUAAGUACAAAAACAAUUGAAAUUAUGAAGUCCUUGUGAAACUUGUACCUUUGUUUAUAUGCAUGUGUUUAUAUAUAUAACAUUGUAAAAAUUUUGCUAAUCGAUAGAAUGGUAUAGCAUUUUAAUUCACGUAAUCUGUGUUGAAUUUCCUUUGAGGCAGAUGUGUAAAACUGAUUGUACUAAGUUGUUAAGUUCAAAUAAAUAUACAAAAGCACAUUAUCAUGUAAUUGGCUAGAGGUAACUUAGUGUCACAUUUUCACAUUUUGUAGUAUUAAUUUUCACAAUGAUUCAGUUAUCCAGCCUGCAGAUAUUGUGUUUUGCAGUUGUAAUUUUUUUUCCUAGGUGUAUCUACAUAAAUGAAGAUGUAAGUAGCAGUUUGUAUGAGAGAUGCGAGUUAUACUUUUAAUGGCUUUUUGUUAUUUCAUUCAUUUAGUUUUACCUGGAGUGUGGAAAACAUGAUCCAAAAUAGGUAGAAUUGGUCAAACAGCUUCAGAAUACAUCAUUUUUAGUGCAUUUUGAUAUUUCAGAAUACCACAAAUGCAUCAAUACAGGCACAUUCAUAUGUAACCAAAACACACGUUUCAACCUAUGGGCACAAAUACUAAAACACCACAAAAUUUAAAGUCUAAUAUAACUUGUCAACUAAACAUGAUUAAUCUGAAUUAAAUAUUUUUAUAAAAUGUACACACGUAAAAUGCCAACCUUAUAUACAUUAAAAUAAACUCAAAAAUUAAUUAGUUGAUGCUUAUAAAAUAUACUUUCACUUCUUUUGAUUCAAACUCUACCUUAGUUAUGCUUUCUUUGUCAUUUUUUCUAAAAGCUUUAACAAUUUAAUACAAAAAUACAUUUCUUACUUAAUUUAUUGUCCUUUUUUGUGAUUCCUAGUGAUAGAAUAAUUGUAAUGUUGCAUUAUUCCAACUAAUAUCAUUUCUGUCUUAUCCCUACUUAUUUAAAGUGGCACAAUGUAUAUACUUGUAUAACUUUAAUAUCUUUAUUUAAAUUCUAUUGUAGCUUUUGCUCUUUUCACUGCUGUGCCAUCACAAUGCUUUGUAUGCUGUGUAUCUCAUACUUAUUAGAAUGGUUUAAAUUAAAACCUUUGUUUAUAACAGCUAAAAUAGAGAACAAAAACUGACUAUGAAUUAUAUCUCAACCCUUGUAAAUAAAACAUUUAAAAUUAUAAUCCUUGUAAUCAAGAAAAUGUUUUAAACUAGCUUAUGACUUGUUAAAAGAAUUGUGAUUGAACUUUGGAAGAGAACAAAAAUAAUCAUGAAGUUUAAAAACUUAAGCACCACAAGUAAAAAAAGGUUAACCUGUGGUAAAAUAAUAUAUAUUUUUUCUUCCAGUUAAAAAAUAACUUAUGCUAAAAUAAUAAUAGCUUUAGUUUUCUAUUAAGUAAAAUGAAAUGUGUAUUAGGAUAGUAAUAGCUUUAGUUUUCCUAUUCAGAGAAAAUAUAAUCUGUGUCACAAAAGUAAUAUCUUUAAUUUUUCUAUUCAAUGAAAAUAUAGCUUGUUUUAAAACAGUAAGAGCUUCACUUGUUAAUUGAAUAAGAAGAAAUCUGUUAUAAGUUUUUUUUUCAAUGAAAUUAACUAGCAAGCAUUCUUGUGGCAUGUAUGUGGCCAAGUUUGAUCCAAUGGUUAGUGUGCCAGACUGUGGAUUUGCAGCUCUGGGGUUCAUGCUCCAUUAUUGCCAAAAAUAAAACUGCUUACACUUUGGAGCUAUAGGUUUGUAAUAAAUUUAAUGAUCAAUUUUAUUUUAGUCACAAUCAUUAAAAAUUUGAUUAAAAACUUAGUAUUAUUAAAGAAAUAUAUUUUUAUAUUCCAGUGCUAUAUUUAUAGCAUUUAUAAGUAGGUAUGGCUUUUGUUGUAGGACCAAUAUGUAUUUGCAACUACUUCUAUUUCUGAAUGAUUUAGUCUUGAUGCAUUACUGAUUUCUAUUGUUAUAAGUAGGAAUGGCUUUUGUUGUAGGACCAAUAUGUAUUUGCAACUACUUCUAUUUCUGAAUGAUUUAGUCUUGAUGCAUUACUGAUUUCUAUUGUUUUUAGUGAAAUUAUUUGCUUGAUGUUUUCGUUGCUGAUGGAUUACCACCACUAAAUCUAUUUUUCUACCUUUUGAACCAGUUAUACAGGUUGUCUAUAUAAUUUUUUGAACAUUAUCUUAUUCUAGCAAAUAUAGAACCAUACAAACACUUUCAACUUACAGAUGGUUUUAAUUCAUGAAUCUUAACCUAAUGUAGAAUAUUUGAAAUAUUAUUACUGCUAAAAUAAUAGUUACCACUGCUAACUUGUAACUAGCACUGUUAACUGUUAUUUGACAUUUGAAAUAAUAUUAAAUUCUCUCUGCAAAACAUAAUUUGAAUCUUAAUAUAAGAAUAAAAUCAAAGAAACAUUAAUAGACUGUCAAUGUUAAUUCAAUUAUUUUCUUGUUAACUACAUUUGACAAUUUCAGAUUAAACUGAGUUGCUGUUGAGAAUACAAGUCUGCUUUUAUAAUGGUAGAAUUGGUAAGAUAAAUCAUGAAGUAAUACUGAAUUAAACUGCUAUUAAACCAGAAGCUUGGAUGAAUUUAGUGGUUCUUGUUGUAUAGUGAAUUGCCUGUGGUUAGUGACAAAUAAUGAGAUUAUACCCAUUGCAAAAAUGUCUAAGAGUGGUAGAGAAUGUGACAAGGGCAGAAAAUUUGAAUUGGGUUAUGCAAAAAAGCUACGUUUCAAUACUGAAAUAUUUAAAGGAGGAAGAAGAAAUUCAGUCUGAAGGUGUAGUUGAGAAUGAAAAUGAAGAUGCGGGAAAUGGUUUGGCCCAGAGAAAAGAUUCUCAAAGCACAUCCACUCACUGUGAGUAUAAUAAUGCUCUGAUAAAUACAUCUGAUGAAGUGUCUACAAAAGAUCAGCAAGAUUCUGUUAACAUUAAUGCAUUAAAAUCUGAUGAUCUUAACAUAUAAAUCUAUUAGUUAUGAUCUUGGUGAAUGGCAUUUCCCAAUACAGGAUAUAGAUAGAGUAAAUUUUAUUCUUAAAGGACCGAUUCGAGAAGAAAAUGUAACUUUUCCAGUGGAUUAUAUAAACAGGCAUUUCUCCUCAUUCCAUUGCAUAAGAAUUCUAAGCAACAAGGAAAAACCAGAAAGGCAUUGGUUAGUUUACUCUGCAAGCAAAAACAUUGUUUAUUAUUUUGCCUGUUGUCUAUUCUCAUCCUCAAGUGUAGCAUUAGUAUCUCACAGCUGUAAUGAUGGAAUAAUCUCAGUAGUCAUCUCAAAUCUUAUGAGAACAGUUCAGAUCAUAUAGAAUGUGCCUUGAAAUGGUUGGAAUCAGAAAAGAGGCUGAAAUGCAAGAAGACUGUUGAUACAGCGAUUCAAAAUCAAAUACAGCAGGAAAAGCAAUGCUGGCGUGAUAUUUUGAAAAGACUCUUGGCCAUAAUUCAGUAUUUAGCAUUGCAUAACAUGGCAUUUAGAGGACAUAGGGAUAACUUAGAAAAGGAAAGAAGUGGAAACUUUUUAGACCUGGCUAAGUUUACUGCAAAGUUUGAUUCUGUUCUUUGAGAACACUUACAACGCAUAGGAAAAAACAUUCAAAAAGAGUUAAUAACAUUGAUGGCCAAACAUGUUAAACUUGCAGUUAUGGAAAAUAUGCAGCAAGCAAAAUAUUAUUCAAUAAUUCUAGACUGUACUACAGGCGCAAGUCACACAAAACAAAUGACGAUGGUAUUGCAUUAUGUUGCUGAAAAGUUGGAAGACAUUGAGGAACAUUUUGUCAGAUUUAUAUCUAUAGAAAAACUAUGGUUGAAGAAUUAACAAAUUGUGUACUUUCACAAAUCAACAACCUAGGACUGGACAUCAAAAACUGCUGCGGACAAGGAUAUUAUAAUGGAGAAAAAAGUGGUGUAAAAACAAUAAUACUAAAUGUCAAUCCUUUAUCCUUCUUUUGCACCUUGUACAUGUCACAGUUGGAAUUAGUGCUUGGUGAUGCAGCAGCAUCUUGUACAAAGGCUAGAUUAUUUUUUGGUGUUUUGCAAAGGCUGUAUACAUUAUUUUCUGGUUCAUCCAAAAGGUGGAUUGUUGUAAAAGAAAGAGUAAAUAUUACUCUCAAGCCUUUGGCCAAAACCAAAUGGGAAUGCGUAGUGGAGAGUGUGAAGGCUGCCUGAUAUCAAUUAAAAGAUAUUGCUGAUUGCCUAGAAAAAUUGUCAGAAAUAAGUUGUGAUCCAACAUUUUGUAUCGAAUUCAGUUUGAUACAAGAAUAAAUUUUGUCAUACGAGUUUGUACUUUCUUUAAUAGUGUGGUAUGAUAUUUUAGUUCAAAUAAACCUGAUUAGUAAAGUAUGGCAACAGUGUAAUAUGCAGUUGGAUACUGCAUUGAAACAUUUUGAGGAAUUUCUAUGCUGGCUAGAUAAUUAUAGAACAAAUGGGUUUGACUCUGGUAUAGUGACUGCCAAUGAAAUAGCUGAUGAAAUGGGCAUUCAGAGGAAUUUUAAAGAAAUUAAGCUACAUAAGAAGAAAAUAGAUUUUUGUUACGAGUGUCCAGACAAAACCUGUCCUAACCUUGCAGACAUUUUCAGAACUGAAUAUUUUAAUAUCAUCAUCAACAUGAUUCAUGCAAGUGCUGGACCUCGAUUUGAGGGGUUAAAACCUACUACACCAAUUUUGGUUUUCUCUACAAUAUUUCAUCUUUAAAGAACAAGUCUGAUGAAGAACUUUUACAGUGUUGUAAAGAACUACAAGUGCUACCUACACUGUCUGAGUCAUCCGACUCUGAUAUCAAUGGCGAAGAAUUACUUGAGGAACUAAGAAUGUGUAUCAGGACUGUACCUCCAAAUAUAGACAUUCAUGAUUCACUAAAAUAUAUUAUAGAUAAUUUAAUUGAAGUUUAUCCUAAUGUUUUUGUAGCAUUAAGAAUUAUAUUAACAAUGCCAGUUACAGUUACUUGAGCAGAAAGAUCUUUUUCAAAAUUGAAAUUAAUAAAAACUUAAGAUGUACUAUGUGUCAAGAGAGGUUAUCAGCAUUGACUAUUCUGUUUAUUGAACAUAAUUUGGCUUCAAAAUUAGAUUAUUCCUCUGCUAUAGAUGAAUUUAGCACUACUAAAUGCAGAAAAAUGAAAUAUAAUUGUAAUUGUACCUAUCCAAUAAAUUGUUGUGAUCUUAUAUUGAUGCUGUAUUUCACUUAAUAUCUGAAAUUGUUUUCUCAUGUCAAGGGGCCUCAUGUAUGACUUUUGUCUAGGGUCUCGCUAUUACUAGAGCCACUUCUGAACUAGACUGUGGCACUCCAAAAAUGGAUUGAAUAUGUGAAGAUGGAACUAUCUUCAUCUAUUUCAAGCUUGAUAAAUUUGCUUUUCCACAGUGUACAUGGUUUGGUGAUACUUUACUAUUUAAUAUUUGGCUCCUUUAGCAUGACUCAUUCAUUUGCUUCUGUCAGUAUUUCCUAGUUAGCAGUUUCCUUCCCAAAGCACAUGCAUUGCUUAAUUGUUUGUCGGAUCCUUUCCUAAUGAUGAGGAAACUGGGUCUUUCAGUCACAGAUGAUUGAAUUAUGUUAAAUUUAUUUUAUUUUUAUUCUAGGCAAUUAUAGGCCCAGGUUUGUCACUAAUUGAUGAACAAAACAAUUCCAACAAUCACAAAUCCAACUUCAUGAUACUAACAAGAAGAUAAGUUGGCAGUUUCUUGAAAAAUAGUAAAGUUAAUUCAAAUAAAAUGAUAAUAAAAGUAUAUAUUUAUUGUAAAAAUAAUUAAUAAUUCGAGCCACGACAGUUGUUGUUUAUGAAAUUGAUGAUAUAAAUAUUGGCUCAGUUACUACUAUGGCUUGUAGUUUAAGAGGUACAAACUUAACUGUUUUAGUUAUUUGAGAUUAAUUUUGAUAGUGGGGAGUUAAAGCUAAUAUUUCAGUAUAGACAAAGUACAUCUUUGAUCCUGGCAUGGUUUAAAUAAGACAGAGUGAGAGCAUCUUCUGUUUCUAAUUAUUAUAUAUGUAAAGGAGUUUUAGAUUUAUAAAUUAAUUAAGAUGAGCAUUUUGUUUUCAGUACACUUUUUUUUUGGAGGUGGGGAGCCAGAACCUAAUUCCACUAACUUGUAAAUUAUUUAAAAAAAUCAAGAAAAACAUUCAGUAAGUGAUUAGUACUAGCAAGUUGCAAAAGGAGGAUAAUAUUAGCUGAUUUUAAAAUAAAAUCACACAUUUGUAAUGAACAACUCCAGGUACACAACUCUUAGACUCAAAUUUCUUUGGGUCUGUCUGAUUUUGAGUUAGUUGAUCACUUUGUCACCAUAAGUUAUCCAUCCAUACAAGUAUAUUUAAAUAAGUAUUUUCUAAUAAAUUACUGGGUAAUGUAUGAAAAAGAUAAUGACAACAUAAAAGAAAAGGUAGUUGUAACAUUGCCUUUAAACAGCAUUAUUCAUUAAAUAUAUUGUAUAUUUAAUAUUGUUUAUGUAGUUUUGCAAAUUUUUAUUAUAUCUUAGGUUAAAUGUAGAUAUUAACCAGGUUAACAGAUGUUGUACGUAGGCCUCUAAUUACAAAAAUAAGUUAACAUAAAUUGUUUGUUGUUAAGUAGGUAUUUGAAAUUUAGUUAUGUAAGAAAUUAAAAGUAUAGUUAGAAAGUUAUUGGAAAAUAUGUAUAAAAUUGUAAAUAGACCCUUUAAUUUAUAACAAAACAGAGGUUUGAAGUUUGUUGUUGGCCUUGAAAAUAAAAAGGAUAUAUGUAAUAGGUAGUACAUGUUAAAUGAAAAAAAUUCACAUCUGGCAAAUGAGUUAUACACUUUAGUCAAGAAGAACAUUUUUUCCAGCAUAUAUCAACAGUUAAUGAGUGAAUCAUUACCACUCAACACCAUCUAUGUUUUGAGUGUAGACAUUCAGUCCUAGGAAUUGUUGUUAACACAUUUAAAUUAAGGUAGUCCUAGGAGUUUCCUAUAUUUUGGUGAAAAAUAUUUGCCCAUGUUUCAGUUAAAGAAAAGCAGUUAAUUGUAGGAAUUAUUGUCUACAUUCAUGAUUGUUGUGAAAGGCCAUCUCUAGUUAUAAUUUGAAAAUAAAUGUAACUUUAACCAAAUUAUUGAUGUUACAUGUAAAUUAUGUAUAUAACUAGUCUGUGUCUAUGAAUGUUUUUUUCUCCCUUCUAAGUUCUUCAUGACUUGAGUGUUAGAAUGUGUGAUGUUUUUAUACUUAAACUAAACACAAGGAUUUGGAAACAUCAUUUAAUAACAAAGUUUUUGUCUUAAAGGAAAUGUUUUUGGUUAAUGUUAGUGUUAUUCUUAUACAUUUUCAUAACACUGGAAGUUUUAGAAGUUGUAUUCUGUACCAUAUUAUUGCUAGAAGAACACAAAAUUAUACACAUAUAAUUUGUUGUGUAUAACGUUAUUAUGAUUAAAAAAAAGAGUUCGUGUUACGUUUCAAAAAAAAGUAAGAUUUUUUACAAGUAUUGUAUCUAUAUUAGUAGUCUGUAUUAGUAUUACAAAUUUUUGAAUUAAAAAGGAUGGUUCAUUAUAUUUCAAGACUAAUACACUGAUAUGUUUAAAAUGUUCUUACUGGAAAUAUAUGUAUCUUUCUAGAAUGAUGAUUAUGAAAGAAAACAGUAUAGGUGGUUUACUUACUGAAAACACAAAUAUGUAAAUUUAGAUAAACGUCUGGGUAAAGUUAUAAUUGAUAUUACUGUACAGUAUAUAAAGAUGUGCAUUUUUGAAACAAUAAGUAAAAGCUUAAUGUAAAUAGGAACUAAAUAUAUAAUUCUGUUCUUUUUUCACAUUAGAAACUUUGAAUUAACAAUUAUCAUCUAAGCACUUCAGAACUAUAUGUUAACUGUGAAUUAACAAGUGUCAACUAAGCACUUCAGAACUACAUGUUAACUGUGAAUUAACAAGUAUCAACUAAGCACUUCAGAACUACAUGUUGAUUCUGUGAAUCAACAAGUAUCAAAUAAGCACUUCAGAACUACAUGUUGAUUCUGUGAAUUAAAACUUUUCAGUUAAACACUUUAGAACUACAUGUUGACUGUGAAUUAACAAGUAUCAAAUAAGCACUUCAGAACUACAUGUAAUAGUAGUAAACUACAAAUCACCUUUAUUUUAAAAGCUUGUAUGUUUGAAACCAUGGUUGUAUAAAUUUUAAUUAGGAUUUUUUCCAGCUUGUUAUGGUCUUAUGAACUGUAUCAUUAACUUAUGAAAAUAAUUAAGUUUAUGUGGUCUCCAUAAUGUUGAGAAAAAUAUGUUGUAUAAAAAAAGAUUAUAAUUUUGGGAACUUGUCUGAAUAUACAUCUACAUCUUAUUGUUUAAAGUGUAAUAUAUUGUUGGUUUGGUAGCUUUAUCUGAUUUUAAAAUAAAAUAAACAUUUGUAAUGACCAACUCGGAAAAUCUCAGAUUCAUAACCCUAAACAACAUUAUUCAUUAAAAUACUAUAUGGGAAGACUUGGAAGUAAAUUGGUGAAUAAUAGAAUUGUAUUUGCAUUUUAAUUUCUUAUUAAUAGUAAUCAAACUAUUUUGAUAUUUACAUCAAAGAUAUCAACACUUGGACAAAUUUUUGGCUUUAUAUCAACCUGCUUCAUUUGGGGCAGCUGAAAAAACAGUAGUGUAACUUUUCAGCUAAGAAGACAUUAGUGGAAAACUACUGUAAAUUUCUCUAAUUGUUAAUUUGAUACAUGCUAUUAGGAAACUUCUUUUUGUGUUGGGAAAACUACCAACUGGUUUUCUUGUGAAAAUGUGUUUUGUAGAUUAUAUUUAUCAUUUGUAACCAAAAGCUGCAAAUUACAUAUGUUAUCUCUGUAAUUUUAUAAGUUUAGUUCAAUCACACCAACAUCUUAUAUAGAGAACAAAUGUCAUAUGGUUUAUCUAUAACAUCAGUUACAAUGUUGUUAGAAGUAAAGGUUUCCUUCAAUAUAAAAGAUACGAUUCCAAAGUUACAGAACUCUAAUAAUACUUUAUUAAAAUUGUUUAUUUGUAUGAGUGUCUUGAAUCUUUGGUAAUAAUUUUGAAGUGAGAAUUUUAAUUCAAGAUUGCGAGCUUCAAGUAUAAAAAUCAUAUAAUCUCAGUAGUUAUAUACCAUCUGAACCCACCCUAAUAUAUGUGCAAUUACUUAUUGGUAGAACUAAUAAUGAGGAACAACUUCAUAAUUAAAGAGUGUGUGUGUGUUGGUAAGUAGUUUAAAAUAGGAGUUAAAUGAAGUCAAUUGUGCCACUGAAUUAUUUUUAGUAGUAUCAAAAUCAUCUGGUCAAGCUUUAGAAUUUUUUUCCUCAUGUAAAAUUAUAGCGUUACUUUAUUUUUCAUUUUUAUAGUGUUCUGUAAAGAUAUAAUAGAAAAAAUGUUUUGAUUGCUAAUAUUGCCUGUCUUUGAAUGGAUUCAAUGCAUUUUGAAGUGAUUUGCUUUAUUCACAUACUUGGAUGCACACAGUUCAUUGAUUCUAGAGGUUGAAACAGAAAAACUUUAAACAAAAAAAUUUUCAGCCUGGACAUGACAUCUGUUGGUGGUUUUUAGGAAUACUACUUAUCAUUUUUAUUUUUUACCCCUGUAUAAUUUUAGCCUUGUAUUUCUUAUACACAUAAUGAUCUAUAUGUGUAUUAUAGGUAACAGAACUGUUUAAUCCAUAAAAGUAUUUUUAGUUAUUUUAAUUUUAAAUAUAGUAGUUUGGUUCAACACAUUUGAGAAACCUUUACUAUUACAUCUGUAAAUGUAGGAUUGGAUUGAAUUUUAUAAUUUAAACUGUGUGUAUUAGUUUGAAAUUAAUGAACCCUCCUGUAAAGUCUUUGUUGACAAGAAUCAGACUUUAUCUGUUUUAAUGUAAAUUGUGUAAUUAAAUAAAGAUAAUCAGAUACUGGUUAGUACUUUUUUUUCACAUAUACGUGAAACUUUCUUGUAGUAAUAGUUUACAGGAGUAUGUGAUAAGCUGAAAUAGCUUCAUGAUACUGUUCCUGUCAUUAAUACUAAAAACUAUCCAUUACAGCUAUGUAAAAAUUCUAGUUAUAAUAAAAUAAUAAUUCUGAUUUUCGUUAUUUAUUUUCACUUCUAAAACUGCAAUAAAAAUUAAAUGUAUUCUCUCUUUAAAUAUCUUUAGAGGUGAAGAAAAAUAUAUAAAGCUAUCACCAGUAGGAGUUAUCAGAAAAACAGUUCCAUUUUUAGCCUAUUUAUAACAUUAAUAGGAAAAUUCCAUGAAGAUAUUGUUUCCAUUUUUAUGUUUUGUGUUAAAAUUCUUUAAAUGGUUUUAUAAUUUAUGAAAGUUAAUAGUUAUCCAUUUAUCUACACAUGCUGCCAAAAGGUCUUAAACAAAAGAUAUGUAGACUGUGUAUUGGAAGUAAAUGUUUAAAGUUCAUGACAUCGGCUUAUGUCACGGAAUAUGAAUAUAUAUAUAUAUAUUUUGUUGGAAGAGAAAAACAUAAUAAUAUUAAUGCAUUUAGUAAGCUUCUUUAACAAUGCCUUUCCAUUGGUUAAAAUAAAAAAGUGUGGUGAUGAAGAUUAAAAAAAUGUUGCAAUAGCUCUGAAAGUUGUUGAGAUUGAAAAGAUAAUUACUAAUUAAUUGUAAUUAAGGAAAUAUCCAAGUGAAAUUAUUAUUUGAAGAUCAGUGGUAUGACUCAUGCUGUCUUUGUGGCAAAGAAAUUAAAACACACUGUUCAUUGGCACAUACAAGGUGGUAUUGUUCAGUCUUCCCUGUGUAGUAGAAUGUAGAGUAAAUGGAGUAUAUGUGUAGAUAUAUAUAUAUAUAUAUAUAUAUAUAUAUAUAAGUAGACUUAAUAGGACAUGGCCAGAUGGUUAAGGAACUUGACUCGCAGUUGGAAGGUUGUGGGUUCAAAUCCUCUUCCUACCAAACAUGCUCGCCCUUUCAGUCAUGGGCAUUGUUAUUAUGUGAUGGUC